AUGUCUCACAAGAAGCGUGUGUAUCCGCAACAGCAGCAGAACUAUGUCCAGGGCGUCGGAGCGGCCAAUUCGCCUAUUUUGGGCCAAAACUUUGCAUCGCAAGUGGAAACACCCGUAACGCAUCAACAAGCUCAAUUCUUGACGCCAGCACAGCAACAAUUGCAACAACAGCUGCACCAGCAAGUGGACCAGGCUUCCCAGGCAAUGGGGGGCAUGCAACUUCACAAUGUGCCGGUUUUGGACCCUAAUUUGGCGCAAACCGCGGGAAUUGGUGCAGGACAACAAGUCAUGGAUCCUCAAUAUUCCAACGUGGCUGGUGGGACAAUGUAUGGCCCACAAGCUGGUACGGGUUAUGGACAGCAGCAGCAGCAGCAGCCGGUCUCCGUGGGCAGGCCCAUGAACCAGCUGUACCCAAUUGAUCUGUUGACGGAGUUGCCUCCUCCAGUCUCGGAUCUGGAUCUGCCUCCUCCACCGCUCAUGGUGCCACCUGAGAAAUUCGUGGUUCCUGUGGAAACCGCAAAUUCUUCACCAGACUUUGUGCGCUCCACGUUGAACUCGGUGCCCAAAUCUAACUCGUUGCUGAAAAAAAGUAAAUUGCCAUUCGGUUUGGUGAUCAGACCCUAUUUGACGCUUCAGGACUCAGACAGCUCUAUCCCCCUCAACACGGAUGGGCUAGUGGUCAGGUGUCGUCGUUGCCGCUCCUACAUCAAUCCAUUUGUUACAUUUGUCGACGGUGGCCGCAGAUGGAGAUGUAACUUCUGUAACCUUGCCAACGACGUUCCAAUGGCUUUUGACGCCUCUCAACAAGGCUUGCCCGUCAACAGAUACGAAAGAAACGAAAUGCAACACGCGGUCGUGGAGUACUUGGCACCAAAAGAAUACGCCGCCAGACAGCCUCCACCUUCUUCUUACGCGUUUGUUCUGGACGUGUCGCAAAGCGCAAUCAAAAAUGGUUUGCUAGCCACUGCCGCCAGGACUUUGCUUGAGACUCUGGACUCCAUACCAAAUCAUGACCAAAGAACCAGAAUCACAAUCUUGGCCGUUGACAGUGCCAUCCACUACUUCGCCAUUCCUCUCGACGAAGAUGGCGAUCAGGUAAAGAUGAUGGAUGUGGUUGAUUUGGAUGAGCCUUUCCUGCCAAUGCCAAGCUCAAUGUACGUUUCAUUACAAGACUGCAGAUCCAAUAUCGAAAAGCUAUUGAAUCAAUUACCAGAAAUAUUCCAGUACAACAUCAUGUCCAAGUUAGCCUUAGGACCCGCUUUGAAAGCAGCCUUCAACCUUAUCAAGGCUGUCGGUGGGAAAAUUAUUGUCGUUGCAUCAACCAUUCCUAACCUUGGUGUAGGUAAGCUACAAAAGAGAAGCGAAGCGGGUGUGGCCAACACUCCCAAGGAAGCUUCCCAGUUGUUAAGCUGUCAAGAUGCGUUUUACAAGAAUUUCACGAUCGAUUGCAACAAAAAUCAAAUCACUAUCGAUAUGUUUUUGGCUACAGAAGAUUACAUUGACGUUGCGUCUUUGUCUAACCUCGCUCGAUUCACUGCAGGGCAAACUCACUUCUACCCCGGUUGGUCUGCUUCUAAACUGACGGACGUUACGAAAUUCACCAAGGAAUUCUCUAAGCAUCUCAGCAUGGAUCUGUCAAUGGAAGCUGUCAUGAGAGCGCGUGGUUCCUCUGGACUUAGAAUGACAAGAUUCUAUGGUCACUUUUUCAAUAGAUCUUCUGACCUUUGCGCUUUCCCCACUUUCCCAAGAGAUCAAUCCUACGUUUUUGAAAUCAGUAUAGAUGAACAACUGGUACGUGAUUACGCAUAUUUGCAGAUUGCGGUUCUAUUGUCUUUGAACACAGGGCAGAGGAGAAUUAGAGUUAUAACUCUCGCAAUUCCAACCACUGACUCUUUGGCUGAAACGUAUGCUUCUGCGGAUCAAUUGGCCAUGACAGCCUUCUUCUCUCAAAAGGCAAUUGAAAAGGCGUAUUCUAAUUUGGAAGAAGCUCGUGAAUACUUGAACCGUUCAGUGCAGGAAAUUUUGGGCACUUACAAAAAGGAAAUUGUAGUGUCGAACACUGCAGGAGGUGCUCCAUUGAGACUGAGUGCGAAUCUGAGAAUGUUCCCUCUUUUGAUGCAUUCCUUGACCAAACACAUGGCAUUCCGCUCUGGUCUGGUUCCAAGCGACCACCGUGCUGCAUCUCUCAACUUUCUGGAGUCUAGCCCCCUUCCCUACCUCAUCAAGAACAUAUAUGCCAAGGUCUACUCUUUGCAUGACAUGCCUGAUGAGGCUGGUCUCCCCAGCGAGUACGGAGAGAUUGUGCUGCCAGAACGCAUCAACGCGACAUCGUCGCUACUCGAGCGUUACGGUUUGUACCUCAUUGAUAACAGCACAGAGCUCUUCCUGUGGGUCGGCGGCGAUGCCGUUAACGAACUCACAAUGGAUGUUUUCGGUACUCCGGACAUCUUAGAAAUACCUAUCGGUAAGCAAGAGCUACCAGUCUUGGAGAACUCGGAGUUCAACAGCAGAGUAAGAAACAUUAUUUCCAAACUAAGAGAGCAUGACGAUGUCAUCACUUACCAGCCCUUAUACAUUGUUCGUGGUGCGUCGCUAAGUGAACCUGUCAAUCACCCUUCGGCCAGAGAAGUCGCCACUCUAAGACUAUGGGCCACUAGCACGUUGGUUGAAGACAAGAUCUUAAAUAGCCAGUCUUACCGCGAAUUUUUGCAGAACAUGAAGACAAGAAUCAGCAAAUAA